GUCGGUGCGGGGGGGGGCUAAAGGCUGUUGUGCAGUGAGGGAGGAUGAAGAGGAUUACUGCAGAUUACAGAGUAGUUUAUAACAGCAGAGAAGAAGAAGAGAGAGGCACACCAAAACCAACUGAGCCUACUGGCCUGACUGGGCCUGUCCUGAUGCAGUGAACUGGGACCAGUCUGUUUGCGACUAACUGGACUUGGCUGGGUUCUGGAGGGUUGAGGUGGACUGCAGUGGUCUGAGGAAGAGGAAGUGGAUGGAUGGUUUCCAGGCGUACGGGGCGGGGAAGGCCGGCGGAGCGUUCGACCCUGCGACCUUCAUCAGGCAGCCGCAGACUGUUGUUAGGAUCCUGUGCUGGCUCUUCUCCAUCGUCAUCCUCGGCUGCGUUGCUAACGAGGGCUAUGUCAACAGGCCAGAGGAGGUGGAGCCGUAUUGCAUCUUCAACCGCAACCAGAACGCCUGCAACUAUGGCAUCACCAUGGGAACAUUGGGGUUCCUAUGCAGCGCUGCUUUCCUGGCACUGGAUGUUUACUUCCCCCAGAUCAGCGGCGUGAAGGACAGGAAGAAGGCCGUCAUGGCUGACAUUGUAGUGUCAGCUCUAUGGGCCUUCAUCUGGUUUGUGGGCUUCUGUUUUCUGGCCAAUCAGUGGCAGGUCUCUAAAAAAGAGGACAAUCCUCUGAACGAAGGAGCCGAUGCAGCCAGAGCAACCAUUGUUUUCUCCUUCUUUUCCAUCUUCACCUGGGGCGGUCUCACUCUGCUGUCUCUGGAGCGUCUGAAGAGAGUCUCCUUUGAGGAAGAAUACAACAAACUGUUCAGCUCUCCUCUUGCCUGAAACUCAAACCUUACUUGACUUGUCUCUUUUAGCUAAUCAGGGGCGAGCCUUCAUGUGCUUUCUGUUUCCUCCUCAUAGCUCAGUCUGGACUCUUAUUCUAAGUGCCUUACUGUUGCUGCGGUAACUGAGUCAUUCAUGAACUAUGUUGUGCGUUUUCUUUUUGCAGUGAUGUCGUUGUGUGUGAUGUGAUAUCACCAUGUACUUUGGUGUAUGAAGAUCUAAUAAAGUGACAUUAAGAUUAACAUAUUAAAGUAGAAGCAUGGUCCAUGGAGAGACAAUGGACUGCUCCCUGCUGCUGGCUGUCACCUGGUCGGGUUUAUGUGCAACACUAAAGAACAAACUUACUGUACUAAGCAAAACUCUUGAGUCAUUCUUAGGAUAGCUAAGAAUAGAUACGGUGAUUUAUUGAAACCUGUGCAAACGUAUGUGGAAUACAGUAAAUGAGUUUGAAUGAUUCUAACGAGCUUGAAAGUGAAUAGUUGGUGUGAGCAGCUUCAUCCUUCAGCUCCAUCUGAACUCUCUAAGCAGCUCUCUCAUCUCUACGAGGAUCUUCAGAAAUAGCUCUCCAGGCUUCCAGAAGGACAUUCAAAGCUCUGUUUGGAUGUUUCUGCCUUUUGUCCUCUGUCAGGGUGAUUCCACGCUGCUUCAGUAAUGGAAUCAGAAUAUCUUUAUUGUCCUUAUAACACGUGCAAUGAACAGAACAAGAAUAAAUAUUUUAA